AAAGUGGUCUGUUUCCAGCCCUUCAGCAUAGUUUGCAUUCCACUGCCAAGAAUGAACAUUUAUUUAUACAAACAACCAUCCUUACAAGCACAUCUCCCCGUGCUAUCCUAGGGCAGGGAAGUAAACAUAAUUUCGGUUCUCUUCUGUGUGGCUGCAGUUCUACAUUUCUUUUUUUUAUUCGGAGGCAUUUUUUUGCAAUGAAAGAUUAGUGCAGUUCAGUCACCUUCCUGUGCUACAAAUCUGCUCAGAAAGAGACUGGAAUGCUCUUUUAUUUCCUUACAAUGAUUUUAUUUUAUUCCACUCUAGCGGUGGUGCCAGUUUCCUGAUAAACCACUUAGGGGUUCGUGAUGGCUCAGCAAGCAGGUUUUACACGAGCUCUCACUCAUGCUGGAACCUCGGGGGCUCUGUGUAACUCAAACAGGAAGCCCAAGUGCCCGUUUUUCUCAGAAACACCCCAGCAACAAGUCCAUUAGCGGGUGCUGCGCUACCCCACUUCUUCCAGGCGUGCAGCUGGCACUGUCAGAUCAGCGGCGAACCAGCGGCAGCUACCAGGCCACCCUGUCCUCUGGGUCCUAGUGGGAUUCUCGUCCUCCCUCCCUAGACUGCCGUGCUCCAUGGGAGGCUUCCUGAAGCACCCUGAGUGACCGUGCAGGAGGUUCUGAGAAAGAAAGGAUAUUCCAACAGUCGCUUACUGAACUCCACCCGAACGAGCACUCAGUGAGAUAGAAAACAGCAGCAUGAACGAGAGCGUCAGUGCUGAAAGGUACGGCGAUGUCAGUUCACUUCGCAUGGAUCUCUCCAACCUUGUCACCUGGGCACACACUCACGGGAAUAUAUGCAAACAAAUCCCAGCCUUUGAAGUGGCGCAGACCUCGGGUCAUCCCGGCAGAGACAAUUCUAUUCUGUGGAUGUGUGGGGGCGGACAUGCAUAUCACUGGCCGUGUGGAAAAUUACACUUCAGAAGCAGAGAAGAGAAUGAAGCCGUAGAAAAGAGAAAGAGGCUAACGUCCUCCGAGGCUCCAUCAAGGGAAGCUAAUUCAGGUGGAAAAAGAAUCAGGGUAACCUCAUCUUUUGAGAGGGCUAGAACAGGCACUGUUGCCACAGGAUCACAUCGCAGAUCUCCAGGGGUCACUCAACAAAGAGAUGACACAGUCUACAUAGUACAUAAUGAACCAGCACCCAGAGAAAACCAGAAAAACAGCAAAUCCAUGAAACCCUGCUUUGCAGCGGAACAGCACGUGUCAGUGUCCAAAGGUGAAAUCAAAACAGACGUACAUACAGUGAAGCUAGGAAGCAAUGAAGAUCUACAAAUCAUCUCUGAUGAUGAACAGCAUAUAUCAGAUGCAGAAAACCAAGGAGACAGAAUCAGACAGAAUAUUCUUUCAGACUUACCACUAACUAGCUGUGUAACUGCUGAGGCAGAUUUGCAAAUGCAUCAUGAUCAGAAGACUGCAAUUAUCAAGCAGCCAGCCACUCCCACAUCUGGCUUCGCCCCCACAGAAAAGCCACCCUUAACUCUUCCCUCUAUUCUAAAAUCCCCUGUAAGCAAUCAAAAGAUCCUGGGAAGCAGCUUCGUGUGUCAAGGUCCUCCUAAUCCUGUGGAGUUCACAAGUGAAACUUCUACAGCAAGGAACUGCACUGGGUCAGCAACACCAAAAGAACAGUUAAAACAGAUUUCUGUCUCCAACGCUGAAGCAAAAUCCCAACUGGAGUCACCCACUUCCGUGACAUUCUUUCAGUUUGAAGCCUCUGUAGAUGUCCAGCAGCAACUCCACGUGUGCUGUCCCGAGUGUGGCACGCCAGGAACAGGCUUCAGUGGGAAUGGUACUGAAAACCCUCCUGAGGGGAGCAAACCGUCGGUAUCUGAGCUUACACCUCGUCAUUCAGCCUCACUGAGUCCGGAAAGCAAGAAUUCAGACCAUCCAUCUUCAAAGAGAAGUAAGAUAGUCUGGAGUUUUAUUCCUGGAAGGGUUGGCGGGCAUGCGGAUGGGCUGAAGAAGAGAAACCGUAAUGCUGGCGACAUAAAGAUUUUCAGAGACUGGCUGGUUUUACAUUGCCCUUCUGAAGUGCGCGAGAUCUACAAGCUGCCGCCUGAAGACCUCGAUAAUUACCUGGCCUGGUUCUACAGUUCCGCAAAGAAACAAAAUGGCAUGGAUUUUUCCGCCAACUCUUUGUACUUCUUUCAGAGCAGCAUAGACAGAUACCUCAAGGAUCACAAUUACGAGUACAGCGUGGUUAAAGGAGUGGAAUUCAGAACAUCUCAGGAAGCCUUAAAACUAAAGCGUCAGCAUCUAUCUCAAAAAGAGAGAGAGGGAGAGUGGACUAUUUUAGAGAACCUGACAGAUGAAAACGUGGAUGCCCUUCGUAAGAACGGGCUGUUGAGUCAGAUGACCCCCCAGGGCUUUUUGCACCUGAUGCUCAUAAAUAUCAUUAGGGGGUUUGGGGCAAGUACACACAAUCAGAGCCAGAACCUGUACUGGGGGCAGCUGGUGCUAAGAAAGGAUGAGGCAGGGCUGGAGUACCUGGAGUGGAAGAACGACCUCCAUGCAGAGGAAACUACAGGGGAAGCAGCUCCACACCUCUUUGCCAGGCCUGACAACCCAGAUAACUGUCCGAUCCAGGACUACAAGAAGUACGCUAAGAAGAGGCCGCUGGACAUGCUUCACGACUACGAUCCGCUUUAUCUGUCUCCCAAGCCCCUGUACUCCAUGUGGGACCAAGUAUGGUACUGUAGAAAAUCACUGACAAAAUCCAAAAUGGAAAAAAUGCUGAAAGUUAUUAUCCAGCAAGUCAAAGGAACUGAAAAGAAGGCCAAGAAGUAAAGGUAUCCGCUGAUUUCUGUUGUACCACUUCGAUAGGAGCCUGUUUCAGAGUAGCAUUUCAAAGGUUUAAGUAGCGAUAUUUAGCAGAGGUUGAAGAGAACAUCCAUCCCUUCAGUUUCACCUUCGAGCAUCUACAGAUUUGCAUUACUUUAGCUUUCAAGUGAAGUGAAAAACUUCUAUUAUUCUUUUUCUUAACAGAAUUGAUUAUUCAGGAAGUUAAAUAAAUAUGAGAAUUCUGUUUUUACAAAUGUGAAAAGUUAAUGUUCUACUGUAUUAUUAGUGACGUGAUAAAAUGCUAGCACUACCAGGGAGAGGGCUCCACAGCUGAAUAACAAGCUGCACUUGUAUUUAGGGGAGCUGACACUUGCAAACUGUAUUUAGUCUGCCGUGUAACAGCCUAUCAUAAAGAGAUAAAUAAUACGAGUUAGUUCUGGGGUGGAAGGAGGAGGAUGAAAUACCAUGUUUGCCAGCUGCUAAUCCAUAGCUCAUAGGAAUGCUUUCAACAAGGUUUAUGUCAUUUUUCUUAGUGAAAGAUUUGUAGACUUAAGAAAUCCUGACUGUUUUAAAAGUUAUUUAAAUAUCUGACAGUGUUGAAAAGUUUUAUGGUGUUUUCCCCAGAGCACUAAAUAUAGCCACAGAAGUAGUCUUUGGUAGACGUAGUCAACUUCUUUCAGCUGUUUGGUCAAUAUACUCUCUAACAGUCCAGUCAAGUUGUUGGAGUGAAUUGUUGACGUGUUCUAAUAAAAUAAAGUCU